AUGACACAAUAUUUUAUUGAAUCCAUAACAAAGGAACCACAAUUUUUCUACUUUACGCAAAUUCUGGAUGAGAAUGUUGAUCAUACACUGUGGCUAAAUCAGUUUCAAGAAGAUUUUGACAAAAAUCAACAAGAAAAUUGGCAGGCGUACUGGCAAAAAGAGGGUGAACAAAUAAUUUUGGACACCUGGAAUGAGAAAUACAAGGAUUACUUAAAUGAAAAUCAAAAUGAAGAUCACGUUGCAAAAGAGAUAACAGGACAAAAGGAAGCCAUAGAACCAAUAGCAACAACAUCUGCAACAUCAACAGCAAUUGAUGAAGAAUACAGUAGCUCCUGGAAUGAAUUGUGGGAACAGCAUAGAGAAGAGAUUUACGUGGAACAAUAUUUGAUCUAUACUACAAUCUUUUAUAAUUAUUUUAUAGAACUCAAAAAUUCAUUUGAACAAAUUUUGCCCAUACAGGAAGAAAAAGAGGCGGAAGAGCAAGAAGAAAUCACUUACUCUACUACAGAGUAUACAAAAAUAAACGAGGAACUGGACCAGUUAGAGUUGCUAGGACUACCAACAGCAUUUGGUGGUAGACCACAAAAUUCCAGCAAAAAACACAAGAAUCAUCAUAAAAGUCUUCAUUUUAGUAACUUCUUUUCGGAAUCGGACAUAGAGAACAUCUCCAGCGAAUCCGAAAUGGAAGACAAUAGCUCCGCGCCUACAGAACGCGAUCUGCAUGGCAUCGAAAAUAAGAUCAUUGCCAAGACAUCACAAAACAAAAGCAAGAAGAAAAAUCGAAAAUUGAAAAAUGUCCCUUCAUUUAUAUUGGAAGAAAAAGGGCUUCUUAAGUACUGGCGUAAGAGAUUCAGCCUAUUCUCUCGUUUUGAUGAAGGCAUACGCCUGGACAGAGAAAGUUGGUUUUCUGUUACCCCCGAAAAGGUAGCCAAACAUUUAGCAGAACGUUUAAAAACCAGCAUUUUAGUGGAUGGCUUUUGUGGGAGUGGGGGCAAUGCCAUACAAUUUGCUUUAACCUGUGAGAAGGUCAUAGCCAUCGACAUUGAUCCAGUUAAAUUGGAAAUGGCCAAACAUAAUGCCAAAAUCUACAACGUAUCCCACAAGAUUGAAUUCAUUUUGGGUGAUUUUCUACAGCUGGCCUCUUCGGGUAAGUUAAAAGCUCACAUUGUGUUUCUAAGCCCACCUUGGGGUGGACCGAAGUAUAAAAACAAAAAGGAUUACGAUAUUGAAAAAUACCUUCUGCCUGUGAAAGCUUCAGAGUUGGUUAAUAUGGCUCGUCGGGUAUCUCACAAUGUGGCCUUAUUUCUGCCGCGCAAUUCCAAUAUUAAGCAAAUAAUUCGUUUAGCUGGACCAGGGAAGAGUUGCGAAAUUGAGCACAGUUAUUUGGAUUCCCGUUUGGUGGCCAUCACCGCCUUGUAUGGAGAAGAUUUAUUACAAAAGAAGACCACAAUAAAUUAAGCUAAGUAGAUUCCAGAACUAGUCGGCUUUUAAGUCGUCGUCAUUCAGAGGAAUAUUUUUUUUUUUAAGAAAAUCUUAAUUAGCCUUAAGACAAAAUUCAGUUAGAAAAUCCAAUGAAUAAUAUAGAUUUAAUAACCGCUAGUUUAUUAUAUUUACUCCAGAAAUUCAAUGUUAAUCCGAUUUUAUGGGCAUUGUUUUAAAAAUUCGCUUAGAAAUGGCUUUGUUGAAAUUAAUCUAUAAAA